UCAUCAUGGCGGCGCGGAGCCAUGUGCAGGACCCCAACGACCGGCGCCUCCGGCCCAUCUACGAUUACCUUGAUAAUGGCAAUAAUAAAAUGGCAAUCCAGCAAGCAGACAAGUUGCUGAAAAAACACAAAGAUCUUCACUGUGCGAAGGUUUUGAAAGCAAUUGGCCUGCAGAGGACUGGGAAACAAGAUGAAGCGUUCACUUUGGCGCAAGAAGUAGCAGCCCUUGAACCCACGGAUGACAAUUCAUUGCAGGCUCUUACUAUUCUCUACCGGGAAAUGCAUAGACCGGAGCUAGUCACAAAACUCUAUGAGGCAGCUGUGAAGAAAGUCCCCAACAGCGAAGAGUAUCACUCCCAUCUCUUCAUGGCCUAUGCAAGGGUUGGCGAAUACAAGAAGAUGCAACAGGCUGGGAUGGCACUUUAUAAGAUUGUACCAAAAAACCCGUACUAUUUUUGGUCUGUGAUGAGCUUAAUUAUGCAGUCUAUAUCUGCACAGGAUGAAAACCUCUCAAAAACCAUGUUUUUACCACUAGCCGAAAGGAUGGUAGAAAAAAUGGUGAAGGAAGAUAAAAUUGAAGCUGAAGCUGAAGUUGAGCUCUAUUACAUGAUUCUAGAACGUUUGGAGAAAUAUCAGGAAGCCCUGGAUGUUGUGAGAGGAAAACUAGGAGAGAAGCUGACAAGUGAGCUCCAGAGCAGAGAGAUCAAGUGCAUGGCGAUGUACAGAAAGCUGGGCCAGUGGCCGGAAUGCAACGCUCUGUCAAGGAAGCUUCUGCUAAAAAACCCAGAUGACUGGCAAUUCUAUAUAAUUUAUUUUGACUCCAUUUUUCAACUGAUCGACACAGCCUGGACUCCUCCAACUGAAGGGGAACACUCUCUGGAGGGUGAAGUGCAUCACAGCGCAGAGCAAGCCGUGACUUUCGUAGAGCAGAGGCUAUCAAAAGAAUCGGACAGCACCCGGCCGCUCCGGGGACCAUAUCUCGCCCAGCUGGAGCUGAUCAGGCGCUUGCGGCACAGAGGGUGCAGCGAGGAACACGAAUUGGGCAGUCCAGAAGAGCUCAUGUUCCAGUAUUUCAAACGGUUUGGAGAUAAACCCUGCUGCUUUACUGAUCUCAAGGUGUUUGUAGACCUUCUCCCAUCAGCCCAGUAUACAAAGUUCAUCAACCAGUUGUUGGGAGUCAUCCCUCUGUCGGCACCAUCCGAAGGUGAACUCGCGCUGCCAGCUAACAUCAAGGCUCUGCAGCAACAUUUGUGUGUUGUGCAGUUGACAAGGUUACUUGGCCUCUACCACGCCAUGGACAGAGCCCAAAAACUGAGGGUUGUCCAGGAUUUGAUGUCGCGGUAUCGACAUGGGCUGGAUUUUGGAAAAUCCUGUUUGAAAACAGAAUUGCAGUUUUCAGACUACUACUGUCUGCUUGCUGUCCAUUUGCUCCUCGACAUCUGGCUAGAGGCAGGUGAAGAGCCGGCUGCCUGGCAGUGCUUGACUUUGCUAGAAGAAGGGCUGACUCACAGUCCCUCAAACGCUCAGUUCAAAUUGCUGCUCAUCCGAAUCUACUGCAUGCUCGGGGCGUUUGAACCAGUUGUGGAGCUCUACUCCAGCCUCGACGCAAAGCACAUACAGCACGACACCAUCGGUUACUUGCUGACACGCUAUGCAGCAGCCCUCGGUAACUAUGUUGCCGCAUCGCAGUCCUGCAACUUUGCGCUCAGGUUUUUUCACUCCAACCAGAAAGAUACCUCAGAAUACAUUAUUCAAGCUUACAAAUACGGUGCAUUUGAGAAGAUACCAGAAUUCAUUGCUUUCAGGAACAGACUGAACUCCUCACUUCACUUUGCACAAGUCCGCAUAGAGCGGAUGUUGUUAGACCUCUUACUUGAAGCAAAUAUAUCAGUGAGUUUGGAAGAAAGUAUAAGGUCCAUGAGUCUAAGUCCAGAAGAGGAUGACGUUCCGUGGAAUGACCUGCGGGAUAACAGAGACCUAACUGUCUUAUUCAAUUGGGACCCAAAAGACAGGGGCAUUUCUGAGGAGCACCGGAAACUCUCGUUAGAGGAAGAGACCAUCUGGUUGCAGAUCCGGUCUUUGACUUUAAGGCUGGUAAGCGGGCUGCCGGCCCUUGGCCACCAUGCUCACCCAAAGAACUCUGAAAAGGCCACAGAGAAUGGUGUUUCCUCCAAGAUUGACACGAUACGGGCUCUCCUGCAGCAGCUAGAUGUGGCAGUGAAUUCUGGGAAGCGGUUUCUGGAGCAGAAGAUUCAGUAUCCAGUCCUUGGCCCUCCUCCUUCCCGAAUGGCCAGCUUUUUCAGCAGUGGGAGCUGCCAGUGUCAGACCACCUUGUUUUACCUUGUUAGUGAAAUCUAUGAACUAGAUACCAAUGGCUUAGAAGAUUCUACAGUACUUCAAGAAAGAAUAGGGAACAGCUUUAAAUUGUUACUUCAACAGCUAACAGAUCUGUUCAAUAAAUGCAAAGGUGACUUAUUGGAAGUGAGGGAAGGCACCUUCACGAUCCAUCCAAACAUUUUAGAAAAUCUUGUCUUCUUCCUUGAGACCAUCUCCAUUGUCCUGUGGGUGUGUAGUUACUCUGAUGCUGUCCUCCGGCCUUGCAAGUCAAACUUGCAGAAGAAGAAAAAGAAAAAAAAAGAAAGCAUCGCAGCCCUGCCCCCAGUGUUCUCCAGCUUCCAGGACUAUGUUUCUGGGCUUCAGAUACUGACUUCCAAUGUGAUUGACCACAUCAAAGGGCUUGAAGUCACUCUAACUGCACUUAAACUUGAAGAGCUGUCCAUAGAAGACACUUUACUGUCACCGGGAGAAAAAAAGUUUACGAAGACUGCGCUAGUGAAGGUCCAGAAUAGUUACCAGCAUUCGAUUCAAGAAAUUGGUGAACUGCUGAAAAAAAGACUUGAUAAUAUCAAAAACCUAAAGGUUUGAGGAAAGGUGCCUCGGGCGCCAGAGGCCAGCCAGCGCCAGGCAAGAGCUGUCAUCUGUUGCCAUGCCUUUGAUGUUAAAAUCUGGAACUUCCUCAUAAAUGCAUGAAGGACUUUGAUCGUAAAAUAGUUUUUUUAUGUAUUAAAAAGAUAUAUUCAAGCGGAUUAAAUUAUUGUACAUAAAAUCAGAAGCAGGGACCCUCCUCCGUCAGGGUUAGACCACUUUUUAUACAUGUUCAUAAGCCUAUUGUAACAGAAACAACCCCCCCAACCUGUUUCAUUUUCCUUGAUGGGGGGAGCAUUCUCCAGAAAUUCUUUGGGGGCUUGAAGUCUUUAGAAGCAGCAAUAGAAAAUCCAGUGUAAAGCAUAUUUCAAAGGAGUUUGUAUUUUUCCACUGCACAAUGCCGUGUUUCUAGUUUUGCGUGUGGAUUUUUUUCGCCUUAGAAAAAGCAGAAGUCUGAAGGGCCUGUGUUCAGCUGUAGAAUUUUUGGGUGUCUGUUUCCACUGCAGCAGCUGCUUUGAUUAUGGAGUUCUGGCUGUCUGACUCUCUUGUCUGUUUAUAUGGCCACUUUAACAACCAUGGUUGGGUGAAAGUGCCGCCUAAGCAAGUUUGAGCUUAGGACCUUCUUUUCCACCCCAUCUGAGGAGAGGAACAAUGUUGGAGAAGGCUGUAUUGAUACACAGUUUACUAAAGAUGAACUAGGAGCUGCAAAAGGCAUUUGUAAGCCUGUAUGAAAGCUCAGGUUUAAAAACUUCAAAUCAACAGAGAUCAAAAGGUCACAUGACCUGAGACUCGUCUCUGCUCUUGGGAAGAUUCAGACAUUUCGGUGAAGGAGAAAGGGUAUAGAGUUUGAGUUAUGCUUCCUCCGAAUCCUUUAACCCAGAAUAGAUUCUGAUUGCUUCUGGGAAAGAUCAACUUCAAGACAAGACCGAGAAAUAUGGGGAAUGAAGUAAAUGACUCAUUUUCUUGGGGGGUGCUGUUGGAUUAUUGCAUAUUUUCUUAGGUGCUCCAAAUUUUUGAAAAGGAUUUAAAGAACUUUCAUAUGAAAACCGGCCUCUCAUCUUCCAGUAGUAGCAGCACCAGUUUCAAGCAACGGUUGUCGGUCUUCACGUGUUUUUGUAGCUAGUUUUGAUUAUCCAGGAGCUGAGUGUGUAUGCGUGGGGGUGGGGGGCGCUUAUCUGGUACUACUAAUCCUGUUUUUUCACGAAAAAAGAAAAAUAAUGGGUAUCACUUUAAAAAAAAAAUAACAGGCCCCCUCCUCCACCACCACCACCACCACAAAGAUUUGGGGGCAAGGACUUCAAGCUUUUGAAGACUUCUGGUUACUGAAAAACAAAGCUGGUGAUCUAGAUUUACAGUUUGAAGAGUACUGGUAGUGCUAAUGAAGUCAAUUUACUCUUGCUAGAAGUCACUUGUUUCCUAAACCCCCUGUGUAGAAUGCCGAGCCUCUCUGUGAUAAGAUGGUUGCAAAGCACUACCAUACAGCACUGCAUGCCUUUGUUUUUUGUCUGCAGAUUUCAAGGCUGGAGUCUUCACUCUUCCAGGCGCACUUUUCGGGAAAUAACCUACUCAGCUCUUGCUUAGCCAGUUAGACAUUCUGUUAUAGUUCGCCUGUUCCCUGGGGAAGGGAACUUUAAUCUGCACUGGUUGUUCAUUCUUCCAUGCAGUACAUCCUAUAAAGUCUUCGCAAAUAGCUUCCCCCUUUUGAGUGAAUGUCUCCGUCUGCACCAGGGGAGAAGCGCCUGCCACUUCCAGGGCUGCAUCCCUAAGUGUCGAAAAAGGAGCCUGAGAAAAUAUGUCAGUCUUUGUAGUUUGAUACUAUUCCUUCCCUGGACUGAUGUGCCUGAGAAUUGCAAUUGGCAUCUGUCAGUUUAUCAUCCAGUGACACCAAUGUGGCUAUCAAAAACACUGCACAAGAUGAGUUUUGAUGGUGUCUCCUCAGAACAUGGUACUACUUAUGAAAAACAAAACACCAAAAUGUGGAUUUUUCUACAAAAUAAUUAUUCAUCCAGCAGAAAUGCCUUUAGGGGAGCGAUGUGAUUUUUUUUUUCUUAGAAUGACACUUGGAAGAAAGCUUUGGUUCAUACUAUUCAGUUGAGAUAACUAAGAGGUAAAGCAGGUGUUGGGGUGGUAUUGGCUGUUAAUGCUGGGGAAUGUUUUUUUACAUGGAUAUUUUGUGGGAAUUGCAUGAUUGCUUAGAUUUCGGUGGCAUAUGGGCUGUCGGCUCUCUUUCAGCUAGCAGCUUGUCUCCGAACCAGGCCUGAGACCUAUUUGUGAAGACAUCCAGUACCCCCACCUUACUUUUUUUUCUCCCUUUAAUUUAGAAAACUAAGUAGGGCUCUUAAAAUGCCAAACACUGGAGCUGCCUUCUGGGAAAUCAGUAUUUUAUGUAUUGAAUUCUGAAAUGGCCUUCGCAAAUCUUUUCAAUAUCCAAUCAGAAGAAAAGGAUGCUGUCUUUUCUUGAGUAGGCUAGGUAUAUGCAUACACAAACUCUUUCUUCUUAAUUACGUAUGAGGGGCAACAUCUGAUUCCAACUCUAAGCAUUCCUAGCGUUUCUGUCCAUUACAGAGAGUGAAAUCUGUAAUCAAAGAGUUUUGAUCUCGGUGACCUGUGAAAGAAGAGUUCUUAACCCAGCAGUUCUUUCCUUCCCCAACAUCCAUCCCAGUUCUGGAUUUAAUUUAGUGCUGCUGUUUAUCCUGUUUAUUUGUGGCUUAACUGAUGUGUGUAUAGAAGUGAGCUACCAAAACUACUGUUUACAGACUCAGAGAAGUUCAUUUUAUAUAGGCUGGGAUCAUGAGCCAGGAUCCUUCUGCAGCUGUCUUCUGCAACCAAAUUCUUGGAUUUAAGCCUGUUUUUUUUGGGGGGGGGUUCUUCAUGGGGUAAAGGUGAGGUGUGUUUUAAUCCAACAGCCUCCCUUUGCAUGAAGAAAACUGUAUCACCUAGCUGUGUUGCCCAUUGGAGGGUGGGGCUUUUGUAUCUCCUUAGUAAUUUUUAACUGUUUAAAAUAUGCAUUUAUAUUUUGCAAUUGUUAUGUUUAAUCAUGAUUUUGGGGGGAGGGGUUCUCUUUUAACCUAUAUAAAAGGGGUUUUCUGUUAUCUGCAGAAGCGACCUUUGAACUUUUUGACUUCCUUGAUUGCUCUCUGUAAUUUAUGACUGUGGAAGAUUGUGUAACACUUGGCCUCCGACAUAAUUAAGUGACAAAACUGCUAGUGAUCUGCUUUAAACUGGAUGGGUUUAUAAUUUAUAUUAAAAAGUCAGUUUCUUUAUAAUUCAA